AUAUGGACAUGUGGUUUUUUUAAGUUAGUGGAGUGGAUUUGUCAGAACCAAUGUCUUCAAAGGAAAGAUUUUACAAGAUAUGAAUCUAACAUCACGAUGAAGGCAUUUUCGAUACUGUUAGCAGUGCUACUUCUUACAGGAAUGGUUAGAACCGGAGUGUUGUCUUGUUCUAUUAAGAUGUGUCUCCAAUUGAAUGUAGAUAGUAAUCAAAUAACAUUCAUCUGCAAGAUUGAUGAUUUACAUUUACCAGUACGUUUCUAUAACAACCACGGAGUUGAGAUUGCAUAUUGUAUUGUUCCUAAUCCAUCUCCAGAGUGUAAGCCUAUACACGAUUAUGCACAAAUAGAACAGUACCCUCAUAAAAAUGAAACCGUUAUGAUAGUAACAGGGACAAUAGAUAAACAAUUUAAUGGAAAUUGGUCAUGUCACCACGGCGGUAACUUGCAUGAGGCAAAUGUCAACAUACUGAAAACAAAAGAUAAAGAUGACGAAAAAGACGAUUCAAGAUACAUUCUUUUAACAUCAGGAACUUUUAUAGCGACUUUGGCGUUAGUUUGCUGCGUAUGCCUUUGCUGGAAAUAUAGAAAAGUGUGCAGCAGACAAAGACAUUUAAACGAAAAUGAUACUGAAGGACGUCCCUUUAAUAUCGCAAAUACAGUUAUCGAAAGUACAGAUAUGGACGAAACAUCUAUUUGAAUAAUGGAAACUGGGAUAAAGACUGUUUGUAUUUGUGAAAGAUUGAGCCUAAGUGAUGAAACUGCAUCGUAUGGACAAUAUAUUGGUUGAAGGAAUACAGCAAGAUUGAAUGAAGACUAUUGUAACGAAACGACGAGUCAAAUAAUGUGAAAAAAGUAAAGAGAAUCAAACCACAAUUGAAACUUCUGGUUUAUAAUGA